AAGCGACUAAACGAUUUCCAUGAAACGCUGAGCUCAUUUCAAUAUUGACACUACAACAGAAUGGCGGUACAAUUUCAGCGGUGUUUACGUGUAUUGCUGCUGAUCGCGUUGAUUAGCGCCGUGUCAAGCGCUCCGCAACAAAAACAAACGGCACAAAAGUCAGUGGUCAGUGGACCGGCGGGUGGUGGGCCACCGCGCGUGCAAGAUCCAAAAUGUCUGCAGCCGAAGGAACCGGGUCCGUGCCGCAUGAAUCUCGAUCGCUAUUACUAUAACUCACAAACGAAUGCCUGUGAACUCUUCAAAUUCGGUGGCUGCCGUGGCAAUGACAAUAAAUUUGGUUUCUUGAAGACUUGCGAAGAUGCUUGUGUCACACCGAAAACAACCACCAACAAUGCAGCACCUGGCAACGCUAAAGCACCAGCCCCAGCACCAUCAGCUGUUCCGGCCGUAGCACCAGCCGCCACAGUCGCCAAGAACCCCCAACCAGCUGCGAUUGUAACAAAUACGAAAGCAAAGAAAACACCGGCCGCAGCACCACAGGCAAAGUAUGUUUAAAAGUGAUGGAAAUAUACUCUCUUAAAUUAGGGCGUGGUAGAUCUUGUACAGUGUUGACGAAUAUUUUGAGAUUUUUUUGUACCAAAUAUUAACUGAGAAGUGUAAAUGAAGAUGUUUUAAAGUAAAUUUGUGAUGUGAGAAGAACUAGUAGAAGUAAAUAAAUUAUAUCCGUUGUAUGA